AUGGUGAACUCUGAUUUCCAUGACAUUGGAAGUAUGGGACCAAGAUUUACUUGGAGUAAUAACAAACAGGGGACCUUUCGGAUUUGGGAAAGGUUGGAUAGAUGUAUUUUGAAUUCAGCUGCUAUUCAAAUGCUUCUAAUGGCUACAAUCAAGCAUCUUGCUAGAGUAGCAUUGGAUCACAGUCCAAUUGUUCUAAGUAUGAAGGAUAAAAUACAUGGUAAGACUAAAGUAUUUAAGUUUGAGGACACUUGGAGAUCAUAUCCAGCUGCAAAGAGUAUUGUUUAUAACUCUUGGAUGAAGACUGAUUAUGGUGAUGAAUAUAGUAUACUCCAAAGGAACCUCAAACGUACGAUGAAGGCAUUGUUUUUCUGGAAUAAAAAUAAAUUCAAGAACUUGAAUGUAUUGAAGGAAACUUUGAAGAAGGAAAUUCUUGAUCUUCAAAAUAGGGAAGCUUGUGAUGUUAACUGGAAUGCUGAUGAUCUUAUUUUGCUAAGGAACAAAGUGCAUGAACUGAAUGUUACAUUGAGGAAGUUGUCUACUUGGUGGAAUCAAAGGGCUAAAGUGAAAUGGCAUGAGGAAAGUGAUAUUAAUUCAAGUUUUUUUUUUCAGAAUUUUGCAUCAGCAAGACAUAAUGGAAAUCGAAUUAACCAAAUUAAAGAUGAGUUCAAUACGCUACAAGUGGAGGAAAAUCAAAUAGAGAAGGUGUUUACAAAUUUUAUUGAGAAGAAAUGGCAGCAUAGAAACUGUGAACUGAUGGGUUGGCCAUCUAUUGAAGAAAUCCAGAAAGUAAAUAAUGCUGAUUUGGUUAUGCUUAAUGAGGAAUUCUCAGUCCAGGAAUUGUAG